AUGGCAGACGCUAUGUCAUCAACAACAUUAUGGCAGAACAGAAAAUGCCUUGUACUGUGCUGUAUCGUGUCAAUGGCUAAUAUGCAAUACGGCUUUGAUCUAGCCGCUGUUGGUUCAUUACAAGCCAUGCCGGGUUUUCUUGAAGUAUUUGGAUAUCGUGACCCAAACAGUGACACGGGAUAUGCGAUUGAUAGCACCGUUCAACAGCUCAUAACAUCACUAUUAACCCUAGGAUCUUUUGCUUCUUCGUUAGUGGCAGGGUUCUUCUCGGCUUACCUAGGCCGCCGCCAUGCGCUCUGGCUUGCCUGUGUUGUCAAUGCCGUCGGAGUUGGAAUCCAAAUCGGAACUACAUCUGCAGGUGUAUUAUACUUCGGCCGCCUGCUAUUGGGAUUCGCGAAUGGAUUCCUCGUUACAUUUUCGAAUAUCUAUACUUCCGAAGUAGCACCUGCUCACAUGCGUGGAAUCAUGGUUGCCCUGUUCUCAUACUGGGUGAAUAUAGGAAGCAUCCUGGGCGCCUUGGUGGACAACUAUACUCAGAAGCGACUCGAUCGACUUUCUUACCAGAUCCCAUUGGCAUGCCUUUACAUUGUUCCAACCUUGUUAUUCGUUGCAUUGUUUUUUGUCCCGGAAAGUCCUAGAUGGUUACUUCAUCGGGGAGAUGAGCAGGCAGCUAGAAAAUCGCUGGAAAUCCUUCGGGGCACUGCUUCCUCGGGCUCAUCUGACAGGGACAGUGGAAAUGACAAUGGCAGCAGCGGUAGUACAACCAUGGCUCUAUCAAUAUUGGAGCUAGAGUGGGCGGAGAUGGUCAAGGGUGUAGAAGAGGAAAAGCGCGAAGAAGGAAAUGUAGCGGCGCUGGAUAUGUUCCGAGGUGUCGAUCUUCGCCGAACAAUCCUUUGCUACUGUAUGAUCGGCUGUCAAACUGCAUCGGGUGUGUGGUUCCUCAUAGGCUACCAAACAUAUUUCUUCACAGUUUGUGGUAUCACUAAAGCCUUCCAAUUUUCCAUAAUGAACACCUGCUUUGGAUUUUUAGGGGUUAAUUUUGGACUGUACGCCAUCCGAGAAUUGUUCGGGCGUCGCUCAGUUCUUAUGAUCGGUGCCAUCGCAUGCGGUCUUUGUCAACUAGCAAGUGCGAUUGCCGGUACAGUGAGCCCCAAUACGCUUCCAACGGGCAGAACACUGGUGGCAUUUACGGCAUUGUUCAUGUUCUUUUAUAACGGCUGCGUCGGGGCUGUGAGUUACCCUGUUGCGACAGAGUUAGUCAGUUCGAGACUCCGUGCGUGGACUGUUGGUACGGCUACUUCGCUGGGAUAUCUGCUUGCUUGGUUGGUAAACUUUUGCACCCCUUAUUUUAUCAAUCCAGAGCAUAUGAACUGGGGAGCUCAAUAUGGAUAUAUCUGGGCUGGAUCGAAUCUUGUCUGCGUCAUCUUCUUCUAUUUUUUCAUGCCGGAAAUGAAAGGUCGUUCUUUGGAAGAGCUGGAUGAGAUAUUUGCUGCACGGGUUCCAGCGCGCAACUUCAAGUCGUACCAGUGCCUGAUUCGGGAGGCAGCUAGAAUAGAGGCUGUCGGUCUGAAAAUCGGUCAUGAUGACGUGAACUGA